AUGUCUCAAGGUCCCCGCACCAUCAGGGAGGUCCUGCAGGAGCUACACAAGGAUGACCCGUCGUCUCUGACUCUGACCAAAUACCAGAACGUUCUGGUUCAUCUAACUGGCAUUUUAUAUGUUGAUGGCGGAGGAGAGGUAAAGGAAGACAAGGCAGAAGAACUGGUCCGCCUUCUCCACUCUUCCGGUAUGACAGACGAGAGUCAGUGGGAAGACCUGAUAAAUGACGUGAAGUGUGACGCUACCUUGUGUAAAUACGUCGCUAAACAUAUUCCACAUUUGGUGACAGGUGACAUAUGGGUCAGAGAUAGCAGUGUGUCAGUCUACACCACUCUACUCCCUCUUGGUCGACCAGACAAUAUAACCGUAAGAAUUGAUGGAGACCCAGACAACAUUCCCCACAUGGUCGACCUAAUGAAGGUGGUGGCUGCGUGUAACAACUGUGAUGUAGCCAUAACUAUGGACCAUCACUGGAAGCACCCAGACACCUGCAGCCCCUCUCUUGACUCAGCUCUCCAAGACGUCUUUAAAAG